AUGUGCGAGACCAUCUCGGGCUGCUCUAUAAGCGUCUCGGACGAGUCCACCACUGUCAUUGGCAAGCAGACGCCGGCACCCAUCGGCACCUGGCACGAUGAGGUUUGGGCGACCAUGACUCUGGGUGAUGCCUAUAGUAACUCAGUCUACGACGCCCUGAGCACGCAGAUGGCCCGCGACGACGCCAACGGCGACGGCACGACGAUUAGCUUCACGUCAGGGCCCACGGCCGGACCAACAUGCGCGGGAGCUACCACUGCUUGCGGCGGCACAAUUUUCUCUGGCUACUAUUGCACGCCCACCCCGACCGGCUACCCGCCCGGCUCCCAGGUCCCCAGGGAUCCCAGCUCGGGUGGCUACUCGGCGCCUACGACAGGCAUCGGCGGCUCGACGACGACGACCAAACCGCCGACCAGCACCUGCACCGUCACUAACGUAUGCAACUGCAACGAGAGCGGGUGCGACGCGUGCUCGCCGACUUGCUGCGCCAACGGCACGUGUGGUUCUGAUGUGUGCACCAUAACUGGCAAGUGUAACUGCAAUGAGAGCGGGUGCGACGCGUGCUCGCCGGCUUGCUGCGCCAAUGGCACCUGUGGGGACACCUCGGUAGCACCGCCAAAGUCGACGGCUGUUGAUCGGUGCGCGAGCUUCGAUUAUGGGACGUGCGGGUCGCCGUUUGAUGAUGCGUGCUGCCGGACGUUUUGUAGCGUAGGUUAAUUAUCAAGAUGGUAGGCGUGGCGGUGAUGACCUGAGGAGCGGCGCUGAUGCUGAUGACAGCGUGGGAGAUGUAUGUAUUCAACUAGCAGCUAUAUUCUAUAUAGAGAUUGACAAAUUGACCGUUGGUCGAGUUGGCCAUUUCCCGUGAAGCUGAGGAACAGUUCUUAUCUAAAGGACCAACAUUGCCAUCUUUCUAUGGUGGGAGGUAUAAGUAAUGCGCCUCAGCUGGACUGUUUAUGAGACAGUAGCUGAAAGCGUGUCUAGACUCUUAUAGGUGGCGGAGCAUCUUCGACUCAACUGAGUAUGCUGGGCUUGAUAUAGUCGUGCCUUAGACUAUGGGCACAUCAUCGAAGCACGCGUUACUCGAAGUUGAAGAUAUUGGCAACCCAUGGCUAACUCGCCGUGACCAUCGCCGUAUAGUUGAAGAUACGAAUUCAAGCAGGGAAAUUCCAUGCCUCAUAGCUGACUCGGAUUGCGUGAAAUAUCACAAGAAAUGGCGAUAUCACCAUGGGAGCCGGAUAACGGCACGUAUACUGUAGACAACAGCCCUCGUUGAUAGACAGAACAGUCAUCUUAGGAAGGUGGCACUAGGACGCCGCAACAAAGUUUCUACACGAAACAUUCCGUCUGAUGCCAGCCAGGUUGCAGGUAGUGGCGCGCCAGCGCAGGUACACCGAGCUUCCUUCUUCUUCCGUAGUUGACACCGCCCACUAGUUAGUCUGAUGCAACCCUCAUAUCCACAGGCGCGCAUCAAGAAGACGUUCGGCGGUUCUCUUCUGUCUCUGUCAAAUCAAUGGCCCUUACUAGGGUCUGGGCAUUCCUAAAAGAAGCUUUUAUGUGGCUUUCCCUUGACGGUGAGCUUUGCGCUAGAUCAUGGAAGUGGCGUCGGCCAAGACCAACAUCACAAGGGGAAGUCGGAUGUGCAAAUGUUGAUGAUGUGAUGGCGAUAAUGCAUUUGAGGAACGGGGGAGAUGUCUGAAUAUGGGGAGUCGUUUGCGGUCUUCAGCUGGGACCUUGUCUAGCUUCUGAUGGUGAGGUGAUGGGCCGGCGAAUGGUUUGUCCGUAUUGGUUGUUCCUGACUGCGCUACUCGUACGGCCGCCUCACGCGCGCCUGCCGCCCCGAGUCCAGCAAGAC